UCUCUGUUUCAUCCAAACCCCUAACCUCUAUACUAAUUUUAACUCAGAUUACUAUUUUCAUCCUGACUCACUCCCCCUUUUCUCCAAUAGACACAGGGAACUAUAAAUAGAACCAAAAAAUUGAAUGUAGACUCAAGAGGCGUGAUAUAGGUCAGUUAUUUUAAGCCAGGAAUUAUUUACCGGAAUUUUCCAAUCCUUGUAUACCUUCUUUCAUAGUUUCCCCCCUUAUUCACAUAAGCAAACACCAUAUUUUAUUCUGAACUAAUCAAGGGAGACAACUGGUGUGAUUGUUUGACUUUUGAUUGCCGCAGCAGACUUCGCGCGCGUGUUUACUUCUCGGAACGUUUUAGAAAAUUCGAAAGAGAAAUGUUACAAAUAAAAAUGAGAGGUAGAUGCGCACAAUGCCUUUCUGUUAAUGUUACAGGUGGGAGUCAUUUGGAAACCUUUGCUAAGUCCAGCUCAGUGUCAUGAAAUCUGUCGUCUGCUGCCCUUCGAGAAGCUGAAGAUUUACUAACGCCUGAAAAACAGAUUGCAAAAAAUUUAAACUAGAAAAGCCUGAAAAACAUUGCAAAAAGUCCUAAUUACAAACGCCUGAAAAAUAAAUUGCACAAAGCAUUAAAAGAGACAAUGGAAUCUUCAGACAUUUUCUUGGCCAGCAAUCAGUUUGGCCUCGACGUCUUCAAAAUUCUUUACGAGAAAGAAAAAAGCGGCAACAGUUUUAUAUCCCCAAUAGUGCUCGCUUCGUCAGUGGCGGCGCUCUAUAUGGGAGCCUCUGAAGAUACUCGCAAGAGGAUUGCAAAAGCCCUAAGGCUGGACAACAAUGUCGGUGAGGAGCACGUCUUGAAGCUGCAGAGUUAUCUUAAAGCAUUGCAGACACAGUGUGCAGACCACGUGACCCUGUCGUCCGGGAUCAAGAUAUUGCUGGAUAAAAAGUGGAAUUGUCUGGAUGGAUUUAAGCACAAAAUUCAGCAGCUUCCUUUCACAGAGAUGCAGAGUUGUGAUUUCCAGCAUGACACAGACACUUUAGCCCAAGACCUACACAGGUGGUUAGCUCAAGUCAGCAAUGGAUCAAUCAGCAAUGACCUUAAAGUGGACACUAUUGACCAGGACCAAUCUUUGUCAGUUAUCAGUUGUGCUUAUUUUAAAGGUAAAUGGGUUCACGGAUUCGAUGCCAAGAACACCCAGCUUCUGCCCUUUGUAGUGGCUCCUGGACAUUCCGAGGAGGUUCCGAUGAUGUGCGCCACUGGCAGAUACCCUUACAUCAAAGACAAUGAGUUGAGAUAUUCCGCCCUUGAAUUACCCUACCAAGGAGGACGCCUGGGUGUGGUCAUUAUCUUGCCGGACGAAUAUUUUGGUCUUGAAAUACUUCUGAAAAAUCUCAACCUGGAAAUUAUAUCAGAGCUUCUGAAGAACCUUUACAUGGCGGACUCUGCCCUCAAUUUGAUUGUACCGAAAUUUGAGAUCAAGAACACUUUUCAACUGGCCACUACUCUUUCAUGUAUGGGCAUGGAACAGGCAUUCUCGGCGGACAAGUCCAACUUUAGCGAAUUAGCCAAUCCCUGCCGAGGUCUGAGGUUGAACGCCGUCACCCACGCAGCGGCUAUAAAGGUGGACGAGGAAGGCACUGUCGCCACUGCGGCGCCGGGCUCCAAAGGCCGCCCUGCUAAAGCUGGCCUCAGCAAUAUUCUCAAAGUCAGGGUAGAUCACCCAUUCUUGUAUGUCAUAGUGGACAAGGAAGACCAGAACACGUUUUUGUUUAUUGGUCACAUCAACAACCCCGUCUUGAACGCAUAAAAAGGAGAUUCAUGGAAAUAAUUUUCUUUAAGACGCUCUAUCACCACGACGAUUGUGUUGAAAAAACGCAGAAUUCAAUGUUAUAAUAUAAUACAACAGACGAUCAGUUAACCCUUUCUCUCCGAAUUGACGAUACCAUCGUUGAUGUGACUGCGCCCGUUCAUUGCUGUGGAAUGAACGCAGGAACACCAGGCUGUCAUAAUAUGUUAGCUUUGCGGAGUGAUACAUUAAAAGGCAGUUUCAAAACAAAGCGAACUAUUUAAAAAGUAGUGCAAUGUGAGCUGAGACAUGAGCGUAUGUAUUUAAGGCCACCAGAAAGAAGGCGCUACCUGUAUAUACAAUGUGGGCCAAAUGUAGGUUUACAGUUAUUUAACUAACUUUUAUAUGAUUAGAAUUUAUGCUGCUCUGUGUAUCAGAGUGUCCAGGAGAGAUUUGAAGAAUGUCUCAAUGUUCAAGGAGAAUAUUUUAAAGAUUUAAGUGUUGCUGUUGGCAGGUAUAACGAAUUUCACCAAUGUCACGCUGUCCUAGUUUCAAAUUUUUAAAGAACUAUUCUACUGAUAACUGUAAACAUGCUUUUUUGAGCCACCCUGUGUGUCGAUGAUAUAAAGUUAAUAAAAGUGACUUCAUUGAAACUAAUUUAAAAUGACUUGUUGGUGCUAGCAAAAAACA